GGGCUGGGCACAUGCAAAGACAUGCUGCGCAGCAGCUUGGCCGGCGUGGCGGUCUCAGCGGUCUCAGCGGUCUCAAUGAGCCAUGGAAGCGGUCACUUCCGGUUUUUGCUUUGGGCUUCAACCUUGGAUUCACUUUGGGCGAAGCCGUUCCCUGGGCCGAGUUUUGCACAUGUCGUGAACCUCAUGCCAAAGGAAGACAUCGGCCAGCGCGUUGCCAUGGCCUCUUGGCUCCAUGCUCGCAAGGUGGCAGCAGCUGCUGGGAUCGAUGUCUCCUUGUACACCGUGGAAAUAGGAGGCGAGGCAAAGGUACGACGCAGCCGCGAGUUUCAUGAACUUCUUGACCUCAACCGAACCUCACGCAGCAUCCUUGCAAGUCGCUUUUGGGAUCCUCCUUCCUUGCCAUUGGCUCGGGACAUUUUGGAAAGGGCCUUAGAUGUUGAAGCAGACUACAUUGUCCUGACCCUCGCAGAUGUUUCCCUCAUGCCGAACUUUUACGAGGAUGUGCUGGGCCUUCUGCAAAGCUCUGGUGCUUCUCCUGCACUCAGCAUUCAUCGCGUAGAUGUGUAUGGUUGGGAGGGGCUCCUGCCCCAGGGGAUUGUCGAUGAUGAAUCUUUGAUCAAAUUGACGCCUUUUUUCGACCUAACUCUCAAACACCCACAAUUGCACCCUGGCAGCGACUGUUUUGUUUUCGAGCGGAAAGCGCUUCCGUUGAUGAUCGAUGCGGUCGGUUAUGUUUUUUUAGGAGGAGCACCAUAUGGGCAGAUGCUCCUAUCUGCAAUGGACCAUGCAGCAGAUCUCCAUAUCAUUGAGGGCAAGAAGUGGGCUUUUCAUUUGAGCUUGACUCGUGAGUUUCGUGAGGGCUUCGACUGGAAAUCUGGAGCGCCAGAGCCGAAGGAUUUCCUGGCUUACAACAAUUUGGCUGGCUUUGGGCUAUCUUCUGUUCCUGUUCCAGGUUAUCGGGCCUUUCCAAGCACACUUGCAAUUUUGGACCGCGCUGUAAGCAAAUUCUAUGUGUCCACUGAAGUAGCAAUGGACAAGGUGGGUUACUUCAUGGAUCCAAACAUGUGCUUUGCCGAGAACGGAACUAUUGCAGGAGUUGCCUUGGUCUUGGCCGGUGCUCCUCAUGAUUUAACAGGUCCAGUCAUGGGCUUUGGGGUAUGGCGUCAAGUGGCUCGCCAGGGCGCACGGCUGCAGGCUCUUCGUCGAAUGUUCGAACUUCCAGUCAAUCUCAGACAGGGGGGCUUCAGACCAUCGCGGGUCAUUGUGUCGAUGAAUGUUCCAUUUCAACCUGGGGAUUGCUUUGGAUGGCUGUGGAAGCACGAUUGGGCUGGCGUGUAUUUAGGCUUGGAGGCUCCUCAAAAAGAUACCCAAUACGUUUUGUAUGCAGCGUACACUCAAGGGGUUCAAGUUCCAAAGGUCAUAAGGUUUUCAAAAAGGAUCCAUGGGACCUUCUCCAUCAGACCGAUUUUCAUGUACAAUUCGGAGCUUGCAGAGAUGAAGCGUCAGGAGAAUGAGACUGCGACAGAAGCUUCCGCAGUGAUGAAAAGUCGCAAAAUACCCAUAAAUCAUGGGUUGCAACCUACAAACAUGUAGGUUUCUGGUUUCCAUUCUAUAAAGUAAUUCCUAAAGUUCUCAGCUCUAGCUGAACUCCUUGGAGAUUGCAGCCUGCUCUCAAGACACAGGCUGUUUAUCGGCCAGCUUGGUGAAGAGACACAAAUGUUUUGUACAAAUUGAGCC